GUGGCUCCUGAACUUUCUGGCUGUCGAGGCAUUUUCUGAUAUUGCCGACACUGAUCGUUAAAGGGACCUUGAGAAGCGAUGCACAUCUCCAAACUGCCGGCUGCUCUCCUCAUCCUCUCUGUGGCACUAAACCACCUGAAAGCUACACCCGUCAGAAGUGGAACCAACCACCAGAUGGACAAACGGGAGUGCAACACUGCAACCUGCGCCACACAGCGCCUGGCAAACUUUUUGGUCCAUUCCAGCAACAAUCUUGGUCCUGUCCUCUCAUCCACCAACGUGGGAUCAAACACAUACGGCAAGAGGAACACCGCGGAGAUUCCAAACAGGGAAUCUUUGGAUUUCUUACUCCUUUAGAGUCAAUGUGCUUCUUCAUCUCUUGUUACUUUAUGUGUAAAUAUUCUGGUAUAGUUUAACAGUGCCUUUUCCAUUUCUACUGUGAAUGCAAAUGUUGUGUCUCAUGCUUUCUGGGUGUGUGUGUAAAUCCUCAUCCUAAGAAUUGCUUUAAACUCAAGACUGAGAAAGUUCAGGCUGAAGGCAAUGUCUCUUAACCCAACAGUGUGGUGAUAUUUCAUUUGUAUUUUAAUAAAUAAAGCUUGCCUAAAGAUCAGAGAGUAAAACAGCCCCACUCAUCAGCCUUACAGACCAGAGUGGUGACACACACCUUUAAUCCCAGUAGCCACACUAGUUUGCCAUAGAAACCAAGCGGUAGUGGUGCUCACCUACAAUCCUAGGCCUAGAGAGGAAUAUAAGAUGGGAGGAAACAGCACUCAGAUAGUCUCAUUCUGAGAUUCCUGGAGGCAGGAUCACCACUUUGGAAUGAAGUAGAAGUAAGAGCCAGGGACUAACUGUUUUGUUUUUCCGACCUUCAGUUCAAGCCCCAAUAUCAGUCUUUUGGUUUUCAAUAUUUGUGCUACACAGCAUGUUCUUGAAAUACUUAAAACUUCUUUUUCUAACUUGUAACUUUGUGAUUCAAGUUUAACAAUAAAGGAGACCAUAGGAACAUGAAACUUGAGAAGUUAUUAAUGAUUAAUAGUAAAGUUCUGAUUUUGGACACUGGAAAAACAAAUAUUCUAGGUACCUGUUCAGAUGUCAUUUCAAAAUAAAUUAGCAAAAUUGUUGCAGGGUAUUUGAUCACACUGUGAACCCCAAGUUUGUGUUAUUUAUUGGAAAAAGCUGUUUCUAGUCGUGGUGUGGCUCAGCCCUAGCACACAUCUUUAAUUCAAGAGCUUUCUGCUUAUUGUAAAGAGGACUAAAUAAAGUCAAUCAUAAGUCAAGAGAUGGAGCAAGCAACCAGUUGACAGGAAGUGAACAUUAAAAAACCAUACAGAGUAAGAAAGAAUCAGGAGGAUGGAUUGCGAGAGGCGCAGGAAGUAGAAGAAAGGGACAUUUGGUUUGAGGGGUUUGUUGUUUGUUUUGUUUUGUUUUUAGACUAUGUAGGAGAAAGGCCUUAGAUCCUUACAUUAUGGGACAUUCGUGGGGGAGGAAGGUCAAUUAGGUGCUUGUUCUGCCUCUCUGAACUAGCAGGCUUUCACCCCCACACCUGGCUCCUGGGUCUUUAUUGGUAUUGGUAAAAUCAAAUGCUUGAGAUUUAGUCAAAAACAACACAAAAUCUUGCUCUGAUUUAAUUAAUUUUUUUACAUUCUGCUCUUUAGUGUGCUUGCUGAUACCAAACAUCUGUUUUGAAUGUUAAAGGUGGUUUGUGUCCUUGAGGGGGUUCAUUGUAUUUUCUGCUGUGAGUGUUAGUGACGUCUAUGACUUUAUUUUGUUGAAUAUUUAUUCAACAAUAUUUAUAUCCAGACUAUUUAAAAGGUAUCCUGUCUUCUACUAUUUAUGUCUUCAACUAAAAGACCACAGAUUCAACCUAUUAUCUUGGCUAAGUUGGGGUAGUUUCUCUACAAAUGUUAUGAUUCUGUAAAUCUAUAUUACAAUUUACAUGCUUUUCCCUGACUAUAAAUUGGAACCACUGGAGAUAAUAUUAAUGUAUGCAAAUGAAUUAUUUUAUUAA